AACUCUCAGUCCCCACUAUGACAAAAUCCAUCAAGAUUUGUAGAUUCCUUCAUUACGGGUAUUUUAUGCCUCUAUCAAGAGCGAAAAUCCUGGUUCAAGGAAUUGGCAAAAACUCCCCUGCUUACCAUUGUCAAGAUGCCGACAGAACUGGAGGAACUCGUAGAAUUUCUCCAUCAUGGCAACGCGCAGAUUAGACAAAUCGCCGCUGAGAACCUUGUUGGGUACUCUGGUAGCGAAACAUCUCUUUUCAAAAGACAAAAUAUGGAGCCUUUACGAGAUUUGAAAAUGCUCGUUCGAGAUUAUACUCCCAUCGCCAAAAGCGCGCUCACCAUGUUAAUUAAUUUAUCUGCCGACGGGGAGAUCCUCAAAUUCCUUGCAGACGAUGACAUAUUUGUGGAAACCUUGCUCUUUAAAGUGACUAACCCUAAGGAGCCAAAUGCAGACGACAUGACCACGCUUCUGGCCAAUCUCGCCAAGGCUGAAAGUCUCACGGGAAUUGUGAACCUAUCGCGACGCGCUGCAGAGAGUGUGUCUACUUCCAAAAAAGCACUCGACCAGCUAAUGGACUGUUUUGUAAAGGGUGCAGAAGGUGCCUUGAACAAACACGCCAACUACGAUUACCUGGCGUACUUCUUCGCAGAUAUCUCAAAGACCGAAGAAGGUCGGCGUUAUUUUAUGACGCAACAGCAAUAUGACUCUGUGGUUCCUCUCACCAAACUUCUAGUGUUUACUGAGCACACCAGUGACAUUCGCCGACGGGGAGUGGCGUCAACUAUAAAGAAUGUGUCCUUUGAUGUAGCGUCACAUCCCGUGUUAUUUGAUGAAGACGGUGCAAACGUUUUACCUUAUAUCUUACUUCCUAUCAUGGGACCAGAGGAAUACUCUGACGAAGAGUCGUCAGAGAUGCUGACCGAUCUUCAACUACUGCCUCCCGAUAAGAAGCGAGACCCAGAUCACCAAAUAAUUUUAACACACCUGGAAACCUUGUUACUGUUAUCGACGACACGGGAGGGUCGAGAUAAGUUGAGACAAGUGCAAGUCUAUGCAAUCAUUCGCGAAUGUCAUCUCCAUGUGGAGGAUGAAGAGGUGCGAGAAGGCUGUGAUCGACUGGUGCAAGUCCUAAUGCGUGGCGAAGAGGGAGAAGAGAAUCCAGCGGAAAUGGAUGCCAUGGAACAAGCUAGAGCCCAUGCUUUGGGUGAGAAAACGUCAAAGAACCAAGCAAUCGAGGAAGGUGAAGAUGAGAAAAUAGUGGAAAUCCUCUGAACUGCACCGUCCGGACGGAUUGUCAUUGAUAGACCGAUAUUACAAAGCGAUUUGAGAACACAAGUCUCAGGGAUCAACGCCGAAGAAGUAAUUCGCCAUUCUAGGGAAGAUUGUAUGCAUGUGGGUUAUAAUACUCUCUCUAUACACAGAACAUGGAACCCUUGCUGAUCCACCUGGACUGGAUACGAGGCACCGGACCUAGACAGUUUGCUGCUCUGGAUAUGGCUGGGAUUGGUAUCAAAAAUUGCACACUUCUCUUUCAAGAAUACUAUGGCUAGAAUUUUUGCAUUUUUUCAUGUCUAAGUGAAAUGGCUAUGGGGUCUAUAGUUAUUUGACCCGUGUCUAUCGAUCGACCAAGUAAAAUGGCAUGAGGCUGCGCUUAUCCAAGAGUCUUUUAUGAGAGUAUGUAUAAUUACUGAUUGAAUAAUAAUAAUAUAAACUCGCCAUCGUUGAUCGGUGGCGUAACUGGUC